AUGACCUUAAAACUUGCGUGGCGACAAAGGAACUUAAACUGUUCAAAGUCGAUAUUCUUCUUGGAAAAACCAGAGACGAGAAUGUCGUUUGCAACCAGUCGACACAAACUUACAUAUUCUCUGCUCAGUAAAAAAAGAAAAGCUUUGGAAGAAGUGAAGAAGACAUGGAAGGUCAACAGCACAUUACGAGAAACUGACUGGCCUAAUCAUUAUUUUGUGGAUCCAGUAGCAGAAGGAAAACAACGACAAGAACAGGAUUCACUUUUUGAGAAAAUUGAAAAACGUUCUUUCAUAAUGUUAUAUGGAACACGGGCAUCUGGAAAGUCUACACGCGCAAUGAGAACAAUAUCGGUAUUGGAAAAUAGCGGAUAUGUGUGUAACUAG